GGCGGGCGCGGCGCCGGUGGCGGCGGCGCGGGCGGAAGCGGAAGCGGGGCCGGGCCGGGCCGGGGCGAUGCCGCUGCACCGCUUCCCGCCGCGGCUCUGGGCCGCCUUGCGGAUGCGCGACGGCAUCUGCGCCCGCCUGCCGCAGCACUACCUGGCCUCGCUGCAGGACAGCGCGCCGCCCGCCCCCGUGCACUGGGAGCCGCACGGCCUGCGCUACCGGCGGAACCCGCGCACCGGGCAGCGCGAGCGCGUGCAGGACGUGCCGGUGCCCGUGUACUACCCGCCCGCCGCCAACGAGGGGCUCUGGGGCGGCGAGGGAUGGGUCCGCGGCUUCCGCUACGCGCGCGACGACAAGCUCUCCACCAGGCUGCCCAAGACGUGGAAGCCGCAGCUGUUCAAGCGGCAGUUCUACAGCGAGAUCCUGGACGCCACGCUGACCAUCACGGUCACCAUGCGCACGCUCGACCUCAUCGACGCCGCCUUCGGCUUCGACUUCUACAUCCUGAAGACCCCCCGGGCUGAGCUGUGCUCCAAGCUGGGCAUGGACCUGAAGAGGACGAUGCUGCUGCGCCUGGCGCGGCGCGACCCCGCGCUGCACCCCGGGGACCCCGCCAGGAGAGAGGCCAUCUACCACAAGUACAGGGAAUUUGUGAUCCCAGAGGAAGAAGCUGAGUGGGUUGGCUUGAGUUUGGAAGAAGCCAUAGAAAAACAGAGGCUCCUGGAGAAAAAGGACCCUGUCCCCCUCUUCAAGGUGUAUGCUGAAGAGCUGGUCAGCCAGCUGAGAGAACAGCAACAGGCAGUGCAGAAGCAGUAGAAGGAAGAAACCUUGGCAGCAAAACCCCUGCUGCAGAGAAAGCAGUGGGUUCAGGGGCUCUGAGGCCAUGUGAAAACCACGUUGCUAAAGUGUCAAGAGAGCCUAAAUUCAGUGAGGACCUGUUCCUGUGGGCUGAGGAAAGAGUUUCUGUGAUGUGGCUCUCAGAGUUCUUGUCAGACUGACUCAGAGUGGAUCUUGUGCCUGUACAAGCAGUUGGCUGCUGUUGAGAGCCCACUUGUGAUACAAAAUACACAUUUUGGUAUUCAUAGCAGUAAA